CGGUGGAUUGCUUCUGAUUCUUCGGGCGGACGUGUAGCAUGGCAUGGCCCUGGCGGGCCCGCCGCGGCCCCCCGACUCCGCGCCCAAUUUCGGCGGCGGCAGACGCCGGCCAUGGCCACGCGCGGUAGAGCCGCUCAGCUCCUGCGGCUCCACGCCGGAGGUGGAUACCCCGAGGCGCGAGCCCGAGGCGAUCGCAGAGAGGCCGAGCACUCACUGCGGGGCGCCGCCGCGGAUCGCCGCCUUCGACGAGGAGGUUGCGGACGGGGAGCCGCAGAGGCCCUCGACAGGCUGCGGGGCCUGCUGUAAGCUUCGGCUGCGCCUCGAGCACGCGGAGCGGGCGCGGGUGAAGGCGCAAGAGCAGCUGGUGCGAAUGCAGCAGGAGAACCUAAGGCUCCGGCGAGGUGGCUAUGCAGGCGAAACGGCCGGCGACGGCAUUUCAGCGGAUGAGGAGGUUGCUAGGACUCUGGAAGGCUACCGAAGAGAGGUGUCUUUCCUCAAGCAGUCGCUGGCAGAGCAGAAGGCGCAAGAGGCGCAGCUGCGAGAAGAGAUGCGGUGCCAGCAAAGGAAGGACCGAGGCCGGCUGGAGGUGCUACAAGGGCAAGUGGCCAGCCUGAUGCUGGACCUCGCGGAGGCCAAGAAGGCGUGACUUCGCCAAAGCAGCGAAUGAAGGCCUUACACGCCAAAGCCGCG